AUGAGCUACAUUCACCCCUCAUGGAACUACCAAGCCCACCCGGGCCUCCCAAUGGAGCAUGCCAUGGCCUACGACCCGGCCAUGGUGCCGCCGCCCAUGAUGCACCACCACCCCAUUGACGGAUAUCUCUACCCCCAUCCACCCAUGGAGAUGCUCGACUACUACCACCAACCCAUCAUGGACUACGACGAAUAUACAGAGAACCUCUCGCGCCCUCGCUUGACCAAGGAGCAGGUCGAGACCUUGGAAGCUCAGUUCCAGGCCCACCCCAAACCUAGCAGCAACGUCAAGCGGCAAUUGGCGGCUCAAACCAACCUGAGUCUGCCUCGAGUUGCGAACUGGUUCCAAAAUCGACGUGCCAAGGCCAAGCAACAAAAACGCCAGGAGGAAUUUGAGAAGAUGCAGAAAGCCAAGACCGAGGCCGAAGAGGCCGCACGACAAAAGUCCGAGACUAUUGACCAACUUUCCGAGUCUCGCCAGGCGUCCGCUGUGAAGGAAGAAUCAGAGGAGUUCACCACCCCCAAGCCAGAGACUACCACCGCCGCGUCCACAGCCACCACUUCCACGUCGGAGAAUAGCAAGGAGGAUGGCAAGACGAAGAAACACCAAAAGACAAAAAGUGAAUCAGCUCGCGAGGCAACGUUCGCAUCUCUGCAGCGGGCGUUGAAUGCUGCAUGCGCUGCCCGAGACCGUUUCACAGGCCGACGAGGCAGCAAGCACGAGUCUACACAGGAGGACGAGGCCAUUUCUCCCACCUCCAUGGCCCCGCCUAGCACUACCCCUAAGCACCAAGAAAGCAAGACCCAAACUGCGUACGGCGCUGGUUACUCGGAUUGGCAGAACAACGAGGAGUCCACGUCGUGGGCAUCCUCGCAUGGCCAAGCUGAGACUACUUCAUGCCAAACGAUUGCUGAGGUACCCAGCUCAUCGCACUCUGUACCCCAGAAUGUGGAGGCCUUCGCUGGAGCUCAGUACCAUGCUCAGAACGAACAAUGGGCACAACACUCCAAGAAUCAGCUUCCCGGAGAUGGCAGCAUUGACUACAACAAUAUGCAAUACCCGAUGGCCCUGCAGACCCCGGAUAUCUCUGUCACUCGACGCGAGUCAUCUGGUGCGCUUACUGCCCUGGAUGGCAUCGGCAUUCACACUGGCGAGUCUGGGAUGCCCCAAUCCUUGGGUCGCGGAGGAGGAGCAUCGUGGAAGGAGGCUGGAAAGGAGCUUGAUCUUGCCGCCCGGCGCAAGCGUCCUCGUCCUGCUGCCAUUGGCACCUCCAACGCCCGUUCUCUGGCUGCUCCCACUUCCAUGUCGUCCCUGUCCCCUACUAGCCGCGUCCCAAGCUCUGCUGGUGCCGGUAACUCGAUGAGGCACUCCAAGUCGGCCCAAUGUCUGAACACUCGGUAUGCAGGUGUCCGAAAGGCAUCGGCUGCCCAACGCUCUCCUCUGAACUUCACUUUCGCCGAGUCCGGGUCCAUGAAGGCCAGCAAGGCCGAUAUGCUGCGCCCGUCUGUGUCUUCGACGACUCUGGCUCCGCCAACUCCCUUGACGCCUCAGGACUUCCAGCACUUCUUGCCUGCCUCGCCGACGGACAGCAACUACUGCUUGUCUGCGCAUUCCACAACUCAGUUCUUCCCUUCCUCCCAGCCGAUGCAAGUGAACAUCGCGUCGCCACCUACCACGCCACUGGAUAUCUACUCCCCCUUCCCAUACCAGCAUGUCGCCCCGCCCAUGUCAGCUCCGGCCCAGGUUUCCGCGUUCCCCGAGUACGUAAGCUGCGAUCCGGUACCCAUGACCGCUCGGAGCUGGGCAGACACUAGCUCUAUUUCCUCACCUGACUUCCAGAGCGGUCUCCAGGUGCCCCAUUCGACCACUGUCUCCCCCAUUGGGUUUGAGUCAGCGGUCGACCACUCUGGACACGCGUUUGGGAUGGAGCCCGUGUCUGGUUCUCCCUCUUUGAUCUACUCAGUUGAAGAUGCGGACUUACAGGGCUCAGCAGAUGGCGGUGAACGGAAGCAAACUGAGUUUAUGAUGAAUGACUACGAGCAGCAUGAUCCUCGUUUUGUUGCCCAGCACAUGGGGCACAAGACAAAGGCUUAUGGAUUUGCGAAUAACACGACCCCGGGUCAUUACCCUUCUUGA